AGAUCGUCCGUUCUUGCCAUCAUGGGUUCAGAUUCUUUUAGUUCUGCUACAGAUGAAUUUGCCAAACUGUUCCACGAGAAGCCUAUCAAGCGGGUAGGAUGUUUGGGAGCAGGACAUGUCGGUGUUAGCACGAUUGCUAUCAUGGCGAAGAAGAUGCCCGAUGUUGAAUUUAUGAUCUUCGAUGACAACCCUGCGGUUGUGUGCGCUUGCCAGUCUGGACAGCUUCCGUUUUACGAGCCAGGCAUGCAAGAACUUAUCGAUAGCCUGAGAGGAAAGAAUCUGCAGUUCACUUCUUCCAUCCAAUCCACUGUCCAGUUAUCCCAAGCAAUCUUUGUCUGUAUCAACACCCCCCUGAAGACCAGCGGUGUUGGUUCUGGACGUGCUGCCGACCUCUCGGGCUGGGAGAACAUGGCGAGAAGAAUUGCUGAGAACUCUCAAGGCGAGUGCAAGAUUGUUGUGGAAUGUUCCACCAUUCCUGUGACCACUGGCGAGACCAUGAGGAAAGUCUUGCAUGCCGUUGGCGAUGCUGCCAAGUACGAGGUGUUGUGCUUCCCCUCCUUUUACAGAGGGGGGACAGCACUAUCCGACCUGGAAAGUCCCUCCAGAGUUCUGCUCGGUGCUCAUGACACACCAGCUGGGGUGAUCGCGAGUGAAGCCAUCACAAAGCUGCUGAGCAAGUGGAUCCCGCGGGAGAGAAUCGUUCACAGUAACUUGUGGUCUGCCGAGCUUGCAAAGCUCGCACAGAAUGCGAUGAAGGCUCAAAGAAUAUCAUCAACAAACGCAGUUUCUGCUCUUUGCGAGAGAACUGGAGCUGACCUGACUGAAGUCAUGCGGGUGGUUGGCUCCGAUUCUCGCAUCGGGUCUGGGUACCUCCGAUCUUGUCCGGGCAUCGGAGGACCGACACUCUUGUCCAACCUUGCCAUGCUUGUUUAUCUUUGUGAAAGUUUGCAGCUCACGGACAUCGCGGAGUACUGGCGAAUGGUGAUGAAGAUGAACGAGUACCAGAAAAAACGCUUUUGCGACAAUAUCGUAAACACUAUGGUGAACAUAAAAAACAAGAAGAUUGCAAUCUUGGGAUUCGCGUACAAGUCUGACACCUCCGAUGCCCGUGAAUCUCCUGCAAUAGAAAUCUGCAAGACGCUGUUAGAUGAAGGUGGGAAGCUCGCUAUCUACGAUCCCCAGGUUUCUGUUGAGGUCAUUGCCAACAAUCUCAGUGGUUAUCAUCCUUUGCAAAUUACGCAUGCAAGGUCUGCAGAGGAUGCCAUCAAGGACGCUCACGCUGCGAUCUUGGUGACGGAAUGGCCGGAGUUUGCCAAGAUUGACAUGAGAUUGGCAUGCGCUUCAAUGGCUAAACCGCCAUUUCUCUUUGAUAGUCGCGGGCUCUUCGACGUGGAGGAGAUGGAGCGACUUGGCUUUCAAGUGUAUCGCAUCGGAAAGCCGAACAGAAGCACUUAACACAGCUAUCGCUCUGUAUCUCCGCUUCGUAUUUUCGAUCAUCUUCAUUUCAAUAGUUUUUGCCUCAUCGCAUGCAGAUAUCAAUACACUCUAACCACAAUCGC